CGGGUCCCUUUGAUAAAGACGCUUCCUUCGUUACUCGAUUCGGUGGGGUGGCCUGGUCUCCAUCAUUAAAGCAUCAGUCACUCUGCGGAUCCGAGGUCGAGCUCUGCUGGCAACAAUGGAGCUCAAGAACCAGAAUAAUCACUGGCUUCCUCAGGGACAUGGCGCAUUAUCUUGCUUUUCCUUGCUCUUCUUCAUAGUGUUCUUUUCGAGUUCAUUCACUCAGUUGAGCCAUGCCUCUCCUUCAAUGUACCUGGAACAGAGGGCCGUAAAACCCAGGCACAUGCGUCUACUCAAGAGUGCUUUAGAACGUGAAGUUUCAACACGCCAGCUUUCUGAUCUGUGGGCUCCUCUAGAAAACCAAGGUUGGAGACCUUGUGUUGAAUGUGGAAGUGAACCAUCAUUGCCAGAGAAGUCCGAGGGAUACAUCCAGGUAUUUCUUGAUGGUGGGUUGAACCAGCAAAGGAUGGGGAUAUGUGAUGCAGUUGUUGUUGCAAAGAUUCUAAAUGCAACUCUUGUUAUUCCAUACCUUGAAGUUAAUCCUGUUUGGCGAGAUUCAAGCACCUUCAUGGAUAUAUUUGAUGCGGAUCACUUCAUUAAUGUAUUAAAGGAUGAUGUUUCUAUAGUUAAAGAGUUACCCGACGAAUUCUUGUGGAGCACAAGAGAGUACUACGCGGCCACUACCCGAGAUACCAGAAUCAAGGAAGCACCUGUUCAUGCUUCUGCCAACUGGUAUCUGAAAAAUGUUUUGCCUGUUCUACGGAGUCAUGGUAUUGCUGCAAUUGCACCAUUUUCUCACCGUCUGACAUUUGAUAGCUUGCCUAUGGAAAUUCAACGGCUUCGCUGUAAAGUUAACUUCCAAGCAUUACGUUUUGUUCCUCACAUCAGAAUACUUGGAGAUGCUGUUAUCAGCCGCCUUCGCUAUCCUCAAGGCUCUGCUGGAGAAAUGGGCACCAACCAUCUCCAAAUGGCCACUGAUGCAUACUAUAAGAGAAGGGCAGGGAAAUUUGUUGUGCUUCACCUACGCUUUGAUAAGGAUAUGGCAGCGCAUUCAGCCUGUGACUUUGGUGGAGGCAAAGCUGAAAAACUGGCUCUUGCUAAGUAUCGACAGGUGAUUUGGCAGGGAAGGGUUCUUAAUUCACAGUUCACCGAUGAAGAGUUGAGGAGUCAGGGCCGUUGUCCAUUGACACCAGAAGAGAUUGGAUUACUGCUAGCAGCUCUGGGGUUUGACAACAGCACUCGUUUAUAUCUUGCGUCUCACAAGGUUUAUGGUGGGAAAGCAAGGAUUUCAACUUUGAGACAAUUGUUUCCUCUGAUGGAGAGCAAAAAGAGCCUUGCUUCGGCUGAUGAACUUUCACAGAUUAAGGGAAAGGCUUCUUUAUUGGCAGCAGUUGAUUACUAUGUUGGCAUGCACAGUGACAUCUUCAUUUCUGCUUCCCCAGGAAAUAUGCACAACGCAUUGGUGGGACAUCGAACUUAUCUGAAUUUAAAGACCAUUAGACCAAACAUGGCACUGAUGGGUCAACUCUUCCUGAAUAAAAGCAUCAGUUGGUCGGAGUUCCAGCAAGCAGUGGUCACCGGUCACUGGAACAGACAGGGUCAACUCAGGUUGAGAAAGCCAAAACAGUCCAUUUACACAUACCCUAUUCCUGAUUGCAUGUGCCAAGCUUAGUAUAUAUAUAAAAGUUGCUCACGGAGGAGCCGCCUCUGUCUGCUAGAGUUGAGUGGCUUAUUUUUUAUAACAUCGGUAGCUUGAUGAAUAACAAGGCAUUGUCAUUCUCAUUUUCACGAGAGUCUAUCUAUCACAAUGCUUUUGGUUAGGGAGCUCCAGGGUAUGUAU